AAUUGUGUUGUGAAUUGUGACUUGUGUACAUGGCACUUCAGUUAUUUUUGUGAAUUUUCAUAAUAUUUAAUUAUAUUAGUAUUUACUGAAAGAUGAAGUCUUAUUAAAAUAAAUCUACACAAUAAAUACCAUGGCGUUCGUUAGCGCUGUUACUGGCGACGACUCCACAAAGAAAUUUAUGGAUGUUCUGCAAAAUGACUUCAAAAACCUUAGCCUGGAAACUAAGAAGAAAUAUCCUCAAAUUAGGGAGGCUUGUGAUGAAGCUAUAGAAAAGCUAUCUCUGGCAGCCAACAAUCCACAGGCCUCUCUGUAUGGUGUGGUCAAUCAGAUAUUAUAUCCAUUGGUACAGGGAUGUGAGUCUAAAGAUGUAAAAAUCAUUAAGUUUUGCCUUGGAACAAUUCAGCGGCUAAUCGCUCAGCAGGGUAUUGAUGCCAAGGGUGCGAGACAUAUUGUUGACUGCCUCUUCAACUUGGGACAAGCUGGAGUGCUUGAGCUAAAGCUUCUGCAGACUGCUGCUUUGUUGAUGACCACUUCUGACUUGGUGCAUGGAGACACAUUGGCCAGGACGAUGGUGCUGUGCAUGCGAAUGGUGGUGGCGACUGAGACCCGGGACGUGAGCACGGCGCACGCGGCCGCCGCCACCGUGCGGCAGCUGGUGGCGCUUGUCUUCGAGAGAGCACUUGCUGAAGCUGACGGAAAACUGAAAGUAAAUCCAGCGGACGUGAGGAUACAGACUAAUCACAAAGCACCGAAAGAACUGAAACCGUGCGCUGUUGACGCCUAUCUUAUUCUUCAGGAUGUAAUACAAUUAGUUAACGGAGACGCACCAAACUGGCUGGUUGGAAUAUCAGAUGUUCCUAAAACAUUUGGUUUGGAGCUGCUGGAUACAGUACUGACAGACUUUUCGCCUGUGUUUUUCAAGAUAUCGGAGUUCAGAUUUCUGCUAAAAGAGCACGUGUGCGCGUUGAUAAUAAGACUCUUCUCCCCGAAUGUUAAAUACAGGGCUGCAUUCCAAUCACCUCACAUUCCGGGAGGGGGGGCCCCGGGGGCAGCCAGCCCAGCGGCUGCGGAGCGGCCGCAUUUCCCCGUCACCAUGCGACUGCUGAGGCUUGUGGCUAUUAUUCUGCACAAGUAUCAUGAUCUGCUGGUAACAGAAUGCGAGAUAUUUCUGUCGCUGACGAUAAAGUUUCUGGAUCCGGAUAAGCCGUUAUGGCAGCGCGCAUUAGCCUUGGAAGUAUUACACAAGAUGACAAUACAGCCUGAUCUGCUGAAGUCGUUCUGCGAAUGUUAUGACAUGCGCCCGCACGCGACAAACAUCUUCCAAGACAUCGUGAACGCGCUCGGCGCCUACGUGCAGAGUCUGUUUGUGGCGUCCAAUGUGAACACGCAACCAGGGUCUACGGCAGUUCCUCAACAGGCCGGUUUCUACUGGAAAGGGGUGUGGCUGCCGCUGUGUGUCACAUUCGAACCCGGUACUGCCAAAUCUGUUUACAUAGAAAUGUUGGACCGCACAGAGGCGCCGAGUAUACAGGAGGGGUACGGCAUCUCGGUCGCGUACGCGUGUCUCAUUGAGAUCAUUCGCUCCAUAGCGAUCUCUGCCGAGGGAGAAGACUACUACAGGUUGCAAGAGCUAUACGACGAUUCGCAGAAUGACACAGAUGAUAAAGAAAUGAAUGCUAAUACGAGACCUGUAACGAAUGAAGAAAGAGAAAAUACGGAUAUAGGAAAGAACGGUCAGAAUGGAGAGGCUGACCAGAACUCGAAUAUCGUGCAAAAGAUAAUCUCAGAGCAAGAUGAGCAGGAUGAGAAAGACAGACAGCUUAGCUUGCAGUUGAUCAAGUCUUCGUGGUGCGGCCUGGUGUGGGGACUAUCGGUACUGGCCGAGGCGAGUAUUGGAGAGCUGGAGAACAUCCUGCGUGCCAUACAGACACUGGCUCGGGUCAGCGGAAAGAUAGGCGUGAGCAACGCGCGCGACGCGUGUGUCGGCGCGCUGUGCCGCUGCGCGCUGCCGGCGCAGUACUGCGUGCCCGUGCUGGGGUCGCUGGCGUCGCUGGCGUGUCCGUGGGCGGGGUCGGCGCGGCCCGACCACCACGCCGUGCUGUGGGUGGGCACGCCGCUGCCGUGCGCGCAGCCGCAGGGUCAGCAGCAGUCGUUUGUGAUGGUGACGUCACGGCACGUGACUGCCAUGCGCGCGCUGCUGCAGACAGCGCGGCGGGACGGGGACAGCAUCCAGCAGGCCUGGCUGCCCGUGCUCACCACCCUGCAGCACCUGGUGUGGAUACUGGGUCUGAAGCCAUCUACCGGAGGCAGUAUGAAGGCGAGCCGAGCCAGUGCAGAUGCCAACGCUGUCAUGAGUACGUCGGCUGUUAUGGCUGACUUGCCUGCGCUGUCGGCCAUGUUGUCUCGUGUGUUCGAAGCUUCCAGAUCGCUGGAUGACGUGGCACUCCACCAUCUCAUCGACGCGCUCUGUAAGCUGUCCAACGAAGCAAUGGAACUUGCAUAUUCUAAUCGAGAACCAUCUCUGUUUGCGGUCGCCAAGUUGUUGGAGACCGGGCUCGCCAACAUGCACAGGAUAGAAGUGAUGUGGAGACCUAUCAUGAAUCAUCUGCUGGAAGUGUGCCAGCACCCACAUAUCAGAAUGCGCGAAUGGGGAGUGGAGGCCAUAACGUAUCUGGUGCAAGCGGCUUUCCAGUACCAUCACAGCAACCCGGCGCUGGUCACCGAGGCUCGCGAGCGCCUCAUCCUCGAGCCGCUGGCGGAGCUGUGCAGCGUGCGGCACUGCGACGUGCGAGCGAGACAGCUGGAGUGUGCGGCGCGCCUGCUGCACUCGCGCGGCGAGCAGCUGGGCGCCGCCUGGCCGCUCAUGAUGGAGAUCAUCUCUGCCAUCUGCGACCAGCACAGCGAGCAGCUGGUACGGUCCGCGUUUCAAUGCGCCCAGUUAGUGGCAGGAGACCUGCUCGGGUGCGCGGGCGUGCGCUGUCUGCGCCGCGUUUUGGCCGCGGCUGCCGUCUUCGCGACGCAAACCAAGGAGCUGAACAUCUCCCUUACCGCUGUUGGACUUAUGUGGAACAUCUCAGACUACCUGUACCACAAUCGCGACAAGUUAUCCGUUUCGCUGGCCAACGAGGCAGCCGCCUGUCCUGAUAACCCUCAUCUGCCACCACUAGAUCGACUGUGGAUGUGUCUCUACGUCAGACUCAGCGAGCUAUGCACGGAGCCCCGCGCCCCCGUGCGCCGCGCCGCGUGUCAGACCCUGUUCAGCUGUAUCGGUGCUCACGGCACGUUGCUCAGCGCCCCCGCCUGGCGCGCGUUGUUGAACGUGCUGUUCCCCAUGCUGCAGCAGGUCCAGAAACAAUCGAACAUCGCCAGUUCGGAGAAGGUGGACACGGGCGAGCAUAUACUGAUCCACCACACCAGGAACACGGCGCAAAAACAGUGGGCUGAGACUCAGGUGCUCACUCUGUCGGGGGUGUCCAGAGUGUUUCACUCCCGCUUCCAGCUGCUGACGACGGUGGGGGACUUCAACCGGUCUUGGACGGCUUUGCUGGACUUCAUUGUGGAUUUCGCGUUGCGCAAGAGUCAUGAGGUGUCACUGGCAGCGCUGAAGUCCUUCCAGGAGGUAGUGUCGGCGGCGGGGCGUGCGGGCACCGAGGGGGCGGGGCGCCGCGUGUGGGCAGCGGCCUGGGCGGCGUGGCGGACCGUGGCGACCAACCUGCCCGGAGACGCCGCGCCGCGACUGGCUGCAGUGACAGAUGACGGCAAGCCAGUGGAGGUGUACUCCCCUUCGGCCAGCUUCCUCACGACCCUCGUGCAGAUAUUCCCGCUCAUAUUUCAACAACUAAGACCCACGUUCACAGCGAAAGACGUGGAACAACUAGGGGAGUGCCUGUGCAAGAUCUGCAGCGUGGAGCCGGGUGCAUCCCCGAUGGAUGGACUCGGUGGUGGAGCGCCCGUCAGUCUACACGCGUUACAUUGUCUCGAUGCUCUACACAAAGAAGCUCUGCUCCGUCACGAGCUGCUGCCGGCCAUGUUCACGGCGCUGACGUCACUCGCUGACGUCACGCAGUGUGAAGGGUCGUGCCUCUGUCUGUCGGCGGGCACAGCUCUAUACCGCGCCGCGCCCGCACCUAGCGCGCACGCACUGCCGCAUCUCUUAAAGGCCCUCCAUUCGGCGGUGAAAAAGUGCGGAACAGAUAAGAGACGGAGGAGUAACGAGCGAGAACGAGAACAGCCAGACGAGAGCUCGCAAAUAGCAACUCUACUGUUACAGGUGCUUGCGACGGCUGUACCCCUGGCUCGAGAAGAUCCAGAACAAUACAGCGAGUUCUGGGAGGUUUUGCCCAAUGUCGUGGAGACAUUCAUGUUCGAGCCACCCGUGGGCGGCGGGCGGUGUGCCCGCGAGGUGGUGGGCGUGGUCCGGCGCGAGGUGCUGGGGGCGGGGCCGGGGGCGGGGCCGGCGCCGGCCGCCGCCGCCGGCCGCCUGCUGCGGCUGGUGCGGACGGCCGCGCUGCACCACCGGCCGGACCCGCUGGCACAGAAUGAACAGGAGCUUCGUGAGCGGGAGGAGUUCGCGCGGACCUGCUUCGAGACGUUACUCCAGUAUUCCAUGUUGGAGGACGCAAGCUCAGUUGCCAAAGGAGAAGAGGAGUCAGACCCGUUAUCCAUAAUGCCUCUCCUGGACAGGUUCCAAGAGGUAAUAGCCAAGUACAGUUCUGAUGAGGACGAUGCUGAGCCACUCACCAGGCAGCAGGUGUCGGAGGUGUCCUUCGUGCUGCGUGCGCUGUCCAGUCUGACGCAGGCCAUGGCGCGGGCGCCACCUGCCAAGCUGCACGUGGAGCACUGGCACCGGCUGAUUGGUGUGUAUCCAGACCUCGUGCGUCUCUCGUGCGGCGGACGCGCCCGGGCCGCCGGCGCAGCCCUACGUGAAGCCUUGCUACAGUUCGCCGCGCUACUGUCGCCGCCCUAACGCCGGCUCUACACCAUCCACAUAUAGAGCACGAAGCUGUAGCGAGUUUCGCUGACGCUCGUGCGAACCUUCUAGAUGCUUCCAGAUAUACCUCGGUGUGACUAGACCUUUACAAUAUUACGUACAUGGAAUUCCCAUUAUUUUUGUCCCAGCGCUGCAAACUGCCAGCACUGUUUUGAAAACAAAUCACGAGCAUGACUAACUUUUUAUGCUUUACUUAACCUUAUUUUGUUACUAUACAUUAAUUUCACGAAAUAAAGUUAAUAUGUGAUACAUUCUAUUGGACUAGUUACACCGGGAAUAGAAACCCUCUCCGGCUUGAAGAUAGCAAGAGCAGUGACAUUUUAGCAAUACUAGACUAUUGUGUUGCGUGUAUGUGAAUACGUGUAUGCUUUACUCGCUAGUGGUUUAUUAAAAUAGAACCUAUUUAGAGGCGCGUAGAGUUCAUUUUGUAGUUAUACAUAUGUAGCAUAUUAAAAUAAAGCAAGUUUAAUUCAAUUUAAACUAAUUUUUAUAGCGUGAUGAAUUUUUGUAAUAUAAAAUAUGUAUGAUUUUUACGAAAUAUUAUGCUAGCUGUAUUAAUUGAGUAACGUUAGCAAAUCUAGCUUGAUUUGUGCCACAUAAAGAAGCUUUAGGGCAGUUUUUGGAUUUUUAGAUUGAAGAUAUUGAAUUAUUAGUCCUAUCUUUUUGCGAGGAAUAUAAAAUAAGUCGACUGUUAGUGCAUGCCAUAUGAACAACUAUAUACUCCAGUAAAUUAUAAUUUAUCCAUAAAUUCAAUAAUGGAAUGAGUUUUUUUUUAAAUAGACACCGAAUGCUUACGAAAUUUAUAAAGCAAUUUUUUUAAUGUCAAGAUGUGUUAUAUAAUAAUUAUAAUGGUAACAUAUACAACAUACAUUUUAUAUCCAUCAGUAAUUUUAACGGUAGGCGUGGCCUUAACGAACAACACCAGUAGUUGAAAAAUGACAGUGUAAUGUGUAUAAUUCGGACAAGUCAAAGUAUGACCGAGUCUGAAUGAGUUUUCAGCGGUCAGCGAAAUCAUUGCGCAUCUUUAUAGCCGCGUGGCGUGUACAUUGAUAUAAAUAAUACUGCAGUGAUAUCCGAUGAGCGUUGAUUGUACUCUACCAAUAAAUAAUUUAAAUUUUUAUUUUUGAUUGAUGAUUUAAAUUAUUUAUGUUAAAUUUGAAUAGUACGAAGCUAACAUUUUUAACUUUAAACGAUCAUUAUAAGGUUCUGCUAUUACUGUAAGAUACCGAGAUUCACAAUUUUAUUGUUAGGACUGCGUACACGAUUGCGAAAUUGAUAUUUAAUGUAAUGUGCAAAGAUCUACGUGAACACAUUGUCUGGUGCCAUUUUUAUGCGACAAUUUAACAUCGAAGCAUUUGUUAAUCAAUACUUUAAAUUAUACACAUAUUUUAAUGUUAUAACAAUAAUCACACGUCACAUAGACCGUAGAUAACGUCACAUAGACCGUAGAUAACGUCACAUAGACUAAACGGAAACGAAGUAUAGUUAAGAGUUGUGGCUAGUUUAGGGUUUGUCAAGUAGUCGGUGUAAGUGAAAAGUGCAAGUGUUUAGUGAAUAGUGUUGUCUCUGCUGUAGUUUUUCUUUCUCGAUUCACCCACAGAUAAUACGUCAUGUUUAGUACAUGACAUAUGACUUGCUGCUAUGUCCGUGUACGAGCAGUAGAACCUAUAUAUGAGGUGAUGCUUUUUGAAACGUUUUAAAUGUAUGUUUAGUUAAAAGAGUUAGAAUCCUUUUGAGACAAAUUAGUUCACGAAUAACAGGCAAAUAUUCACAUUACCUUGUUGUGUAACUAAUAUUAAUUUUUUUUUAUGUAAAUGUAAUUAUUACUAAUGUCACUAAUUUCAAAUAUUUUCUUUAUCUCUAUAUUUUUUGCAAAACCCUAGCUAGGGAUUAGUUAGUACAUAGUACAAAACUAUAUUCCACUACACUUUACGUAAAUUAUAGUCGGUUUCAAUUCUUACUAACAUCCCAUAUUAUAAAUAUCUGACAAUGUGUCACUUCACACUUGCACCUACCUGUACUUGCAAAAUUACUUUUUAUAUAUUUAUAAUCAAAUUUUAUAUAUUUUUAUUUAGCAAUUAGAAGGAGCACGCAAUAAGAUGUUUUAUUAAUUGAUAGUAUUAAUAGUGGCGCAUUUGUCCGUCACGUGCUGGUCACUCGGGCACGUUGUCGCCAUAUGACGUCAUAUCAAUAUGAACGUCGAACCACUUUAAUAUCGUUGUCAUUGUUGCAUUUACAUAAAGUGGACUUACUGUGUUUGUUUGUGGGUUGCUUGUUCAUUGCAAAGGCUGUUUAUAUCACGAAACAUGUAUCGAGAUAAUCUUAGAUAAUUUAUACGUCUAGAUAGAGGCUUUUGCUGGUAGACAACCGAAGAAAACAGCCCAGGUUUAUUUAGUGUGCGUGACAAGCUACGUCUUACACUCGUGAUUUGUAUGUCACUUUGUAUUAGUGUGCGUGAAUUGCUCAAAAUAGAGGUCAACUGCAAUUUGUUUCGACAUUUUCACAGCUGUCACAGUCAAUCUAGACGUUUAUAUGAUCUAAGGAUGUAAUGGAAUAAAAUAUUUUUUGUAAACAAUCAAAAAACCUCUUAAAUAUUUAGUUUAGAUGUUUUCAAUUGCAAACUGUCAAUUACUCUCCUUUGAAUAAAACUCAAGUUUUAUUUAAAUACCACCUCUGUACAAUUUACCUAAAUAAUGAACGAUUUAUUUUAAAACAAUUUCUUCAAUAUUUUCUAGUGGCUGGCAACCCAAACGUGAGGCUGACAUAAACAGUUAUUAAUAAUUAAUUGCUAAGUAUAAAUGUUGCGAUAUUAAGCAAUACUUAUUAUGCGUAGGCCAUAUUGUAUUACUUCAUAAUUAUUAGCUUUAAAUCAUUCCAAGUUGACGAUAGUUUAGAUGUUAGCUACAAUAAGUCCUCUCUCUCUACAUUCUCUUUCCUUGAACACAAAGGUCAAUUUCCGGUCAAGGUCCGAAAUUUCCUUCACUUUGCGACCGUUAUAUUUCACUUUCAAAUAUGCAGAAUACUUUCCAUACUUAUAAUAAUUAGUUUUUGAUGUAGUUCUUCGGAAUUAGGUACCUCAGUAUAGAAUACAAUAGAAAAAAUAAUAAGUUUUGCAAAUAUAGUGUGAAUAAUAAUGGUAUGUAGUAUAUAUUUUUAUUUUGUUGAAAUUCUUAGAUUAACUUUCAUUUAAUUAGCAAGCGUUUAUGAGUUCGGACUAGUUACAAUGUUUACUACUUGUGAGCUUGUGAUAAAUAAUGGGACUUUAUUGGGUGCUCAUUUUGCCUGUCUUGUGAAAAAGUCUGCAGUCUGCAGUCGGUUGUAAGAAGAGACUACAAUACCAUUAUUUAUCGAACAAGUAGUAGGGUACUGUUUGUUACUACUGCGCUAGAUGUGUUGUGUUAUUUCGGCCGCACUACAACAUAGUAGGUGCAUCUUAUUUGUAUUAAAUAUUAAUUGAAUAAAUAUAUUAAAUCAAUCAAUGAAUAAAUGUUUAAUAUCACUCAAUAAUGUGUAAACCCCGAAGCACGCAAAGUACGUUAUGGUUGUAUUAAUCUUGCUAAUUAACGCAUUUAAAUACGCUUAGGUGUUCUCUAGUUAUAAAAAGUUUUCGUGGGAGGAGUUUUUUAAAUGAUGAGAACCAUUGCGGAAGAGAGAAAUCUCUUGCAACAGCAGAUAAACCACACGAGCUUUCUGGCCUUUGAGGGUUUAUUAUUAUAUAUGUCGGAGAAGCUUUGUUUUCGUUGACACCGUCAUUAGUGGUUGGGGACUUAGUGGGCAUCAUCAGGGUAAAAUGCAAGCACAAAACACGAUGAUUCACAGUUUUACACUAUUUUAAUUUAAAUUUAAACAAUAUUUUGUCACUUCACAAUAAUUAACAAUUAAGAUUCAGGGCACCCUUCUUACUUUAACCGACGAAUACACUUUCAACGAUCCUACUCGAUCAGUCGCUAUUACUUGAAUGUCUCCUCAAAAUGUCGGCCUCGCCCGAGUCAAGAUGGCGCCUUGACCCCGCUCGAGGCUCGUGCUCUGCUCUGAUUGGUCGUUACGCAAAUUACAAUAUUCCUAACUUUCCUGUUUCCAUGGAAACAACAAUCAACCCGACUCAUAGCUUCCUCCGACAUAUAUAUUAUAUACAAUUAAUGAUCAUUAUCUGUGUAGUCUGUUGAUUAUGUACCCAAAUAUAGAAUAUUUAUACAUACCUAGAUACCUUUUCUGUGAUGUUAUGCGGCUGAAGUGACAGUCAGAUAAAUUUUUGAUUUGUCAAAAGUUACCGAAUGCGAUCUUCUUAAUCAAAAGUAAUAAAUAUAUCGGGUUAUUUUGCCCAUUUAUUCAAAGAUUUUAUGUUUUCAUUAUACAGCGCGUAUAAUAAUAUUGUUAAUAUUUUAUUUAAGUUGAAACGUUUGUGACUGACGAUUAUUAAUAAAUAAAUAAUCCAUUAUA